AUGCCGAAGAAGUUUAGCAUUCGUGAAUGGGUUUUGUCUGUUAAAUACUGGUCAUUACUUUUCAUUCCUCAUAUAGCAAUCUGUCUAAUUUUUUUAAUCUAUAUUCUAAUCGGUGCUAGUAUUAUUCAAGAAAUUGAAACAGAUUACCAAGAAACUUCUUCAUCAACAAAAGCUCUUCUACGAGAGCAGCUUAUAUCAAACAUAGUCGAAAAAAGACAAACAUUUGAUAUAGAACAAUAUACAAAAUAUGUUUCUGAACAUAUUAGUCUAUAUGAGGAAGAAAUUAAAAACAAACGAAACGAUUUCGAAGAAAAUCUAUCAUGGAAUUUUUCGAAAUUUUUAUUUUUUAUUGUAACAACAUUAACAACUAUAGGUUCAAAUGAAUUUAUACCACAAACAAAACUAGGAAAAUUAUUUCUAAUAAUUUAUACAGGAUUUGGCAUUCCAUUAACACUAGUUUUCUUAAUUAAUUUAAGUUAUUUAAUAAAACGAAUAAUUAAACAUAUUUCGUUAAUUAUUUUUCAUUUUUAUACAUCAAGAAAUUUUCUUCAUAUUCGUCGAUUAUUUGUUUUUCGUCCUAUUGAUAAACAAUUAAAUAUUUUAUUUGAAGAAAAUAUAGAAGAAGAAGAUUUGAAUUUAUUAAAAUCUUCUUCAACAAUUCAACAAUAUAUUAAUAAUAUAUUAAAUAUAUUGAAAAAUAUUAAUGAUGAUAAUGAUUUAACAUUAAAACAAUUAAUAUUAACAAUUUUUAUUUAUAUUCUUAUUGGUACUUAUUUUAUACCAUCAAAUUCUUUAUUUGAUAGUUUUUAUUUAUGUUUUACAACUAUAUUUACAAUUAAUUUGAAUAAUAUAAUUAAUCAAGAAAAUAAUUUAUUUUUUAUAAUUAUUUAUUUAAUUAUUGGUCUUGCAAUUGUAUUAUUAUCUGUAAAAACUAUAAAAAUAAGACUAGAAAAUUUAUUAGUAAACAUUGGAAAGAUAUUGUUCAAAAAUCUUUUAGAAUUUAGUCAACAAAUAGGUUCUCAUGAUUUAAAUACCGAUGAUUUCUUAGCAGAUAACGAUAUUAAAUCUAAUCCUGUAUCGGAACAUGUUUUUUCUCAACAUCGAUAUAUAACAAAUAUUACAUCAUUACAACCAUCAUCGGCAAAUCGUCCUAUUUGUAUAGCAGAACCAUUACGUCGUCUUUCAACUGAUUUUAUUCGAGUACUCAAGAAUAACGAUAGUAAUGAUGAAAAAAAUUUACAUAAAAGUGUACAAGUUAAUACCAUGAUUCGACGAUGUGAUCGUUGUGCUGAAUCACCUCUAUCAAGUUUACCACUUAGAAAAAAUAGUCUUUUUUCAACUUCAUCAUCUUCAAUGACUGAUAAUAGUUCAAGUUGUGAAGAUGAUGAUUCCAUGGAAUUUCCACCACCUAAUUUAGAUCAAAUACGUAAAAGACGUGCAACACUUGUAGCAAAAACAAUUAUUAAUCAAAUGGCUACACAACCACGAUUAUCAUCAAUUGAUGAAUCUGUAUCACCAUCAGGAUUAACACCAAAGCAACGUCAUCGUUCACCUAUUUUACAACCGGUUUCAGUUCGAUGUUCAGUAAAAGUAUCACGAUCACCUUCAGUUGAAUCUACAUGUAAAUGUGAAAAUAAUCAAAAAGAAUUUACUGAAAUUUCUAAACAAAUUUCGUCAUUAUUAAUAUCACAUGAUGAUUGA